AAACCGCACACCACGAGCAAUCUCAGCUCACUCUUUGUCCAGUCCGAACAUGCUCUUCACUGUUCUUGCCCGCAGAGGGGCAAGUCGCGCAGGCGACAAUUCAAGGCUAGCUCUCUCGUCAGGGCGGCGAUGGAUAUCGACUACGAAACCUGCACCCAUGCUGGUCUCCCCAAAGGAGCUGCAGCAGUUGCUGCCGUCUGGCCAAGUUUCUCUUUUGGACGCUACCUGGUUUAUGCCCGGCACGCCGAGGAGUCCUCGCGAGGAACACUCCAAAGAGCGGAUUCGCGGCUCACAGUUCCUCAAUCUAGAUGAGGUUGCAAACCAGCACGAGCUUGGGUUGAAGCAUAUGAUGCCUAGUCCACGCGUGUUUGCGGAUGCAUGUGAGAAACUUGGAAUUAAACCAUCGUCUCAUGUCGUUAUAUACGAUACGCACGGAGUCUUCUCCUCGCCGCGCGCGCUCUUCAUGUUCAGGGCUUUUGGACACAGAAACUCGAGCAUCCUGAACGGAGGGCUCCCUCUUUGGGAGCUGGAGGGUCAUUCAAUUGAUAACGCGCCCCUGGAACCAGUCUCAAAGGCUUCAUAUCCUGUACCACAGUUAGAUAAGGAAGUUAUUCGAAGCUAUGAGCAGGUCGUGUCUAAUUCAUUAUCGGACCCGACUACCGAUUCUUCGAUAGAACUGCUCGUCGAUGCCCGAAGUCGUGGAAGAUUCCUAGGUACAGAUCCAGAGCCUCGCCCGGGCAUGUCCUCUGGACACGUUCCACAUUCAUUCUCUCUACCUUUCAACACUUUCCUAAAAAUGCACAAAGACGCUCCGGUGCCUUACACCACAUUCAAGUCUGUACCCGAACUUAAGGAAGCGCUCAAGGAAGCUGUCGGUCCGGACAACGCAGAAUCGGUGAUCAAAGGCGAAAGGAAGAUAGUAGCAUCGUGCGGAAGCGGUAUGACAGCAGGAGUGCUUUGGCUGGGUCUCAAGCUUCUCGGAACUCCUGAUGUCGCGAUUUACGAUGAGUCCUGGACGGGAUAUGCAAGCCGAUCGUCUAGCAAGAUUGAAAAGGGUACAUAAAGUAGAUACACGGUGUAAGUCAUUAUAGAAAUUCUAGAGGUAUUGCCUAUUAUGAGAUGUUAUAAACUAGAACCCAAAGUAAGACAGUCAUAGCAUAGUGAUACAUGUAAGGUACGAAGACACCAUAAGUGUGCGGACUGUUUGAUAAAACUAGAGCAUACAAAUUAAAAAUACAUGGGUUUCAAUUGUUGAAGGAGAACCGGCGGGGCAAGCCCAAGGUUUCAGCAUUCCGGUUGACGAUCCAGGAUGACCAUCAGGCCUUUCGUUCCCUUGGCAAUGUUGACAUUGACUGGUUUUUGGGAAUCCCUUGCUCGAGAGCGAGCAACUUGUGCACUAUAUUUGACCGUCACUUUGUAGCUACUGUUUUUGCGGAAUCUGGAUCGAGAGACUUUGCAUGUCCAUUCUUCCCGGACGAGGAUAUUGCCACCCAUCUUCUUCGCUGUUAAGUACAACUCUCUUCUUGAAAGGUUGAGCAACUUCGUGGCGUCAACUCCACCUUCGCACACGAACUUGUCGGUGUGAGAGAUUCGAGGACCAUAGGCUGUUAUGGUGGGUUUCUGCUCCUCUACACGAGAGUGGCUCGUUGGACCCGACGAGCUGACGAUGCUCGGGAGCGGCGCUAGAGCGCGGUGGGGUGCACCGAGUGCAUGAACGAGCUGAUUCUUGCCAACAGAGAGAAGGGAUGACCGAGUCUCUUCGAGGCUACACAGAGAGCUGGCAAUAAGAUGGAGACCCAUGGUGAUGAUGGUGGUGGUGAUUCAAGUGCACGGAAGACGCAUUAGGGAGGGAUAACGAAUUUAUGCCCAUGGUUUUAUAUGUUUCCCACCAAAGAAGCCAUCAACGGAGGUUCGUCCACUGCGAUUUGACGCGUUCAUUCAUCUGCACGCGACGAUGAUUGUGGACCUUAGAAUCCACCCGUCUAGAUCGUUUCGACCCAACCCCAGCACGAGGUGGGGCAAAUAUAACUGCAAGUUGUUGAGGUAAAGGUGAAAGGGGGUCUUGAUGUGAUAUUAUAAGGGGGUAGGCAUUUGUAUUAAAUGCGGGAUGACUUCAACGAAAUGAAACUAUAAUUUAGGUGAUAAGCACACACAUGAUUGUUACAAGUACAAAAGUGAUGGAGAAAUGCGAUCUUGCCGGACACGGAUACAAUUAUAGAUCUAGAGUUGCCUGUUAUGAGAACAAGUGAUGACCUUGAGCUUGAAG